UGCUCAAUUAAUAUUUACUCGUCAAACGAUAAGCAUCUAUCAAAGCCAGACACUUUGUACGCUUUUGUGGUGAAACCAGUGAUAGUGCGAAAUUAAACAAACAAGAUUUUGGAAAGUAAACAGUCUCGGAUUGCAGUGACUGUGUAUAUUUUAAUUGCCCAAUUACCGAUAACGUUUUCAACUUCAGUAAGCCACCCACACGGCAUGGAUGUGCAGGUGACUCGCGUGGUUCCGGAUGGUGGCUAUGGAUGGGUUGUGGUGGCCGCUGUCGCUAUAAUCAACAUGACCAACCAAUCUAUACUGUCUGUGUUUGGUCAGCUUUUCGUGGGAGAGCUCCGUCUGAUGCACGGCGAUACCUUCACAGCCGCCCUUAUCACCAAUCUCAACAGCCUGGCCCUGAACUUUUCCGGAUUGUUCAUCGGCCCUGCCAUCAAGAGCUUUAAGCCGCGCAAUGUAGCCGCCACCGGCUGCGUGUUGGUCUCGUUUGGUCUGACAUUGUGUGCCUUUGCCUCCCAGAGCUGGCAUUUUAUAGUGGGCUACAGCUUCUUUGUGGGCUUCGGGUUGGGAUUGAUUUCCCCCUCCACUUUCAUGGCCAUCAACUCGUACUUCACCAGCAAGCGCGGCCGUGCUGUUGGUGUGUCUCUGGCGGGAGCUGGACUUGGUCAGGUGUUGAUUCCCCACCUAGUGCGAUAUCUCCUGGAAAAUCAUGGCUUCCGGUAUGCAGUCUUGGCGCUGUCGGCCCUGUCACUAACUGGGCUCUUUGGUGCCAUGUUUCUGAAGCCGCUUAAUCCGGCGGGAAAGCACAACAACCAUCGCCAUAUGCGUCUAUUGGCCGACGGCGACCAGGCCGAUAAGAAUCAAUCUAGUUCCCUGCAGGUCGUGGUGGUGUCGUCUAACCAAACCAAGGGCGAGGAACUUGCCCCCAAGACUGAAACCAUAUGUGGUCGGUUAAGCCAGCGCCUGGUGCAGGCAAUGGAUCUGGAGCUGCUGAAGGAUCUGGCCUUCUGGAGCAUCAUUAUUGGCAUGGCCCUCGUCUAUACGGCCACUGUCAACUUCACGAUGAUAUUUCCCGGGUUCCUUGGACAAUCGGCGGGCUUCGACAGCCAGGUCGUGGCCUUCUGCAUGUCAGCAGUGGCAGGUGCCGACAUUGUGUGCCGCCUUUUGCUGCCCAUCAUCACAGAUCACUUACGGAUCCCAUACCGAGUGGUGUUCCUGCUUGGCACAGCUGGUCUCUUCGUUGGUCGCUGCAUUUUGGCACAAAGCAAGGACCUACCCAUUAUCAUCGCCAUGUCCAUUCUCAUUGGAGUCAUGAAGUCCGCCACUGUGCUCAACAACAACUUGACCAUAUCGUCCCAUUGCCGCUCCGAGAAGCUGGCGGGCGGUCUGGGAUUGAGCAUGAUGUCGAAGGGCAUAAUAGUUAUAACUGUUGGGCAGAUGCUGGGCUGGGUCCGGGACUUCGCCGACUCGUACACUAUCUGCCUUUAUGUCCAGGCAGUCAUACUGCUGUUGGUAGUUAUUACCUGGACGCCAGAAAUUCUUUUCCGCCACCGAAAGCAACGCAGGCAGCGACGCACUACGACAAAAUCAAUGGAAACCACUGUAGAAGCUCCCGAAGAGGUUGCCAAAUUAAACUCAUAAUAUGCUUCCGAGGCAGGAGUGGCUGCCUAUUAGACUGAUGUGCUGGAAGUCAUCCGGUUGUGAGAAUGGACCAGUCCUGGCAGGGAGCAGGUACCCAUCUAGCUAUAAGCUUCGACUAUUUAUUACCAUGUAGCACUUACGAUACUUAACUUUUUUACUGCCAUAAG